UGCCCAUUCUAGAUUAAAACUAGAAAAAAUGGAGCAGUGACUGGCAUUUAGAAGACUUUAAAGAGGAGUUUACUGAGGUUAUCAGUAUGAAUACCUUUAGAAACAACAAAAAUCCAUGGCUGUGUUAUGAAACAGAAGUGCCACACAGCAGGUUUUGCAAUCCAGCCUGUGGAGUCAGUCCUGCAGAGAAACUCAGUCCCGAGCACCUGCAGCUUCUGAGAAAUGCAUUCACCUGUCCAAAAGAUGGAGUACAGAUGUAUGAAAACAGGCUAAGAAGAAGCGGAAGGAACAGAGGAGGAAAUGAAGAGCGUGGAAUGAAGUUUGAAGAGUUUCGGGUUGUUCUGAGGUCUCUGAUUGGUCCAGAUAUUAAUGACAUGUGGGUUGAGAGAUUCUUCAAUGAGGUAGAUAUCAGUUGUACUGGACAGGUGAAAUGGCAGCAGGUGUGUUCAUACCUGCUUCUGGAGUACACUGAGAGAGAUCGGGCGUCCGUCCCCAGAGCAGCUCUUCAUGACUCCCAGCCACAGAUCAGACACUGCGCUCACAACAAGCGGGAGCCAACAGUGCGUGUGGUUGCUCUUUCCCAUCCUCCUCCACUCCGCUAUGUUAGUGUCAGCAAAGGGGGACAGAUCACUGUCUGGAACAGCAGCCUACACAUCCUCAGAAGUCUGGGGCUGGCUGGAGACCCUGCAGAGGAAGUGGCCAACACAAGGAGAUUCAGAGGCUGGACCACUGAUGCUGUCUCUAUGGGCAACGUCCACAAGAUUGCCAUAGCAACCGACUGCAGGGACUUGCACUUUGUCAGUGUCUCCACAGCUAGUGCAUUUGAGGAUGUUCACCUGUUUGGGUUUCGUAGUGUUCCAACUGCUCUUUGUUACUGGCAUGACGUUCAGUGUCCAGAGCAACCCUCCCUGCUGCUCAUAGGGGAUGAAAAAGGAGGAAUCCAUCUCAUGUGGUUCUUGAACCCAUCUAAAGGUCUUUUCAAGAAUCCAUCCAAGGCAGAGAAUGGCCCACAGAGGAUCUUUUUCCCAGACCUGGGUGAACACAGCAACAUGGUCUCCUACCGUCACAUCCCCAACAUCCACCAGGAGCCAAUCAACAGAGUGAUGUAUGAGGCUGGCACCAACGUCAUCAUGACCUCAUCAGAAAGUGACACAACCUCUGUGGUCUUUAUGAAUGUGAUACUGAAGCAGGAGCCUUACAUUUGGAAAUUUAAGCAGGGAGCUAAAUGUUUUGACUACAAUGCAUCGCUGCAGUUGAUGGUCACAGGAGGCUGUGACCGAGCAGUCAGACUUUGGACUCGAUUUGUGACCACACGCCCUGUAGCUACGCUGCUCGGACACCACACCACUGUAUUGGAUGUUGCCAUUUACCAACCUGUUGAGCAGAUCUUCAGCUACUCCAGAGAUGCUGAGCUGAGGGUUUGGGACAUUUCCAGCCAUCACUGUCUGAAAACCAUCUGCCUGCAGUUCCCCUGCCAGCAGCCAGGUCGAAUCCCAGAACAUGGCAACUUUCCCUUCUUGCUGCUGAGCCCACCUCUGUCUGAGCAGGCUCAUUUGGUGGUGGGAUGCAAAGAUUACCUGGCACUGCUCAGUCUGGCUGAAAUGAAAAGAGGAGGAGGAGGUGGAUGGCUGACAGAUGAAGGAAGGGAACUUGGAUCAAAAAAUCACCUUGUUCCUCCCCUCUCGUGUGCUCUGUACAGCUCCACUCUGAGACAGGUGGUGACUGGUCAUGCCGACUCAUCUGUGUCUCUGUGGGAUGUUGAGACAGGGAGGAGGAGGCUUCAGAUCUUAAAUGCACACGGAGAAGAUGAACUCAUCUGCAUGGCCCUGGACUCGUUCCAGAGAAGACUGAUCACUGGGGCUCGCAGUGGCACUAUUAAGGUGUGGAACUUAUUAAACGGCCUCAACUUGCACAAGCUGGAGCCUGCCACCGACUCUGAAGUCACAGGACUGACCUGUCUCCAUGACAACCAGCUGCUGGCCGUGGGGUGGAGCCAGCGCAUCGUUCAGUACGAUAUUGCAGCAGCCAAGGAUUUGUAUGUAAGAGCAGACAUGUCAUGGAAGUCCAGCGGUGUUCACAAAUCAGACAUCCUGGCUGUAAGUCAUUGCUCUGCGCUGGGGGUCGUUGCCACGGCGAGUCAUGACGGAGAGGUCAUUAUCUGGAGGCUGGAGACGCAGGGACCGGUGCUCCACCUGCAGAGGCCAACACAGAGAGGAGUGGAUAGAGUUGGGGCCCCUGUGGACGGCCUCUUGUUCUUGCAGCAUCGAGCUGGCAACAGAAAACUGAGAAACAGAGGUGUUCUGGUGUCAUCGCAGGCUGGCCAUCUCUGCUUCUGGAGCAUCACUGGACAGACGCACACGUACGGCCAGUUCUAUGCUCCAGAGCAGCCAGGUGAGCGUGUGUUGAGCCUGAGCUCAGAUCAGCCUGAAAACACCAUCCUGGUCUCCGGAGACACAACAGGCUGGCUUCAGAUCUGGGACAUCUCUCACUUUGCACUGCACAUCCAACACAAGCCAGUCUGUGAGCGGCCUCCUCUGCUGCAGCGUUGGGAGGCUCAUAAAAGAGCAUUAGUGAGUGUGGAAGUCCUCGAGGUGACUGACAGGCUGUUCAUCCUCUCAGCCUCAGCUGAUGGUUCUGCUGGACUGUGGACCAAAGACGGGGAUCACGUGGGCUCAUUUGGGCAGGAAAUGAUGUGGAAUAUCACUGAGUUCGCUGCUUAUCAGAGGAAGACACAAAAGAAACAGACAGAAGACACAGAAGAGGGGACUCAGAAGGACAGCAUGGGGCUCUGCAAGGUUAAAAGUCAAGUUCCUGAUGCCACCAACAGGGGUCAAACUUCACAGGAAAAAUGCUGUCCUCAAGCUUCAUCCACCAGACCACCAGAGAAUGACUGCGAGCAACCUCAGCAACCGCUGUAUCUGUGUCAGGACUUUUGCCAGACGGUAGCUUUGUGUCGUGAGAGGAGAUGUCUGUUUGAUGACAUCAGCAACAGCGAUCACUGCUGACUGGCUGUUUUUGUCCCAUAAGACUCAGGAGAUGCCCCGUCCACUGAGGAUUCACCCACAGUCCCCUGGGUGUAGUAUCAGAGUUUGACUGGCAGUAAAAGGCUCAGCUCACAGAAACUGGAAGGAAAAGUGAGCUCCCUACCUGUCCAGUCAGACAUAAGCAAAGAUUCAGGCAUCUUUUAGUUGCAUUCAUUCCAAACUCUACUCACAUGUAAUCUUCUUUAAAGGAAUAGUUUGAACAUUUAGGCAAAAUAAGCUUGCACACAAAAUAUGAGAUCUAGCCUGCAGUCAGUUAGCUUAGCUUAGCAAAAUAUUGAAAACGGGGGAUCAGCUUGUCAGGCUCUGUCUAAAAGUGAAAAAUCCACUAAUUUAACAUAUUAUUAGUAAGACCCCACAGGUGUUGGUGGGUGGACUUUUUGACCUUCAGACAGUAGGACAUUUCCCAAAUUGUGUGCUUUAAAGCUAUUUUUAGCUGUGCACAUUCCCCUUUUUGUUGUGAAAAGUCAGUUUCACAUUAUACGGAUUGUUGUAGUUCUUUUAUCAGCACUGUGAAACCUCCUGAUAUUUCACGGUCAUUCAGACAGACAUCUAAGCUACAUUACCCAGUUAUCCCAAGGCAGCCCACCCUGUACUUAUCAUCACAGGACUGCUGAAUCACACAAAUUGAUGAUGCAAGACUCACUUUCCUAUUUUGGUUGUUUUCUUUCCAUUUGAUUUGAUUUUGCACUUCUGUGCAUUUGCUUGCCUGCUCAUCCCUAAAAACUAAGUUAUUUUAAGCACUGGUCUGGAUGUUUUAGUGGGGGAGGAGGUGACAGCAGAGCUCUUUCUGGAGUUUGUUUCUCAGGGAUAAAUACAAACAGACACAGCUGGGACAAGCAGUCAUCUAGUGUGCACUUUUGCCUCUGCAGGCAUUUGAAAGCAUUGCUGAAAUCCAACAAAUGUGUUGUCUUCUCAAAUGGUUUGAUAUCAGGUGAUAAAAAUUUCAACCAAAAGUACAUGUUUUUAUUUUCAUUGUGUUGAAUAAAAACUAAAUGACAUGUUCACACUUUUCUCAGUUUGUUGUCCUUGAUGGUCUACAGUGGGACUUUCAUUUUAUAUUUAUGUGGUGGGACCAUUUAGCAAAUCAUGUGGCUUCUGCUUGUCUGAAACCAGAUCUGUUUUUACAACAUCUGUUUGGAUCAAAAUAACAACAAAAGUCUCUUUUUGUUUUUGUAGCUGUAGUCCUUCUCAAAAAGAAGCUGUCACCCAUUUAGCCUGUGCGUGUGUGUGUGUGUGUGUGUGAAUGCAAAACAGAAGCUCUUCUGCAAUCUGGCUGAAUGGCAGGUUAAAGCUGCUUUUCACUCAUUUCCAACAUUAGACUUCUCUCAGCCUGUUUUCUCUUUAGAGAGGAUAAAACACCCUGGUGAACAACUCCCAGACAUUAAUGCGUAAUUUUGCCAGACUUCCACACACCAACACACACACGCACGCACACACACCCAAACAGACGACAGAUGUUCCAAAAUACCACAGUAACAACAGCGCAGAUGCAGGCUGGGAAAUGCCCUCUGAGAUCUUCAUUGCUUCAGUAUAAAGCCGCUUAGGGCUUUCAGAGCAGAAACGGGCAACAAGCUGUGAUCGUAAUUUAUAUGCUGUAUGUUUUCACAGGAAUCAGAGAGGGAGAGGGUAAAGAAAAGGUGGCCUGUGAACGCAGGGAGGUGUUAUUUUCCCUGC